AGAAAUAUAGCAAUACGCCCUCCCAUAUAGUGACAGCAGGAUGGAUCGAAAGGAAAUAUUGAUAACCAUCGUAUAUCUUUUUGUGCUAACGUUAAAAGUUCAGUCUGCAAUUACAAGACGGGAUAUCCUUGACAAUUUAACAAGCGCUUCAACAUACGAUCAAGGCUACCCGGCAGGAUAUGAUGAAAAUAUACAAUGUGCUGUUAUUGUACAACUAGAGAUUUCAGACGUGACAUCAAUCAGUGAACAAAAUAUGGAGUACAGUUUGAUGAUGUUUCUGAGAAUGCAGUGGAGAGAUUCAAGGCUUGCAUUUUAUGAUGUCGCAAACUUUACUCGUAUCGACCUUACAGGAGAUAUGGUCGACUUGAUCUGGAAACCUGACCUGUAUAUAAGCAAUGAGAGAAGAGUUGAUGCUCAUUCAUUAGUGAAACACGAAGAACUUGCAUACAUUGAUCCUAAUGGGACAGUCACUUUCAGUAUGAGAAUUUCGAUGACUGGUUACUGUCACAUGGAUCUAAACCUAUAUCCAUUUGAUGUUCAAACAUGUAAUGUAAAACUUCAAAGUUACGCAUUCACGUCGGACAAACUCCUGUUUCAAUGGUCGAAGAACGGUUUACUCACGCCCCACAUCGAUUUAGCAAAUUACGAAGUAGAAGUCGGGGAAAAUUCGGAAGGCUUGGAAACAAAUACUGACAGAUCUCUUGCAGGGGGCGAAUUUUCCUUCUUAAUCACGGGUGUAAAGUUUAAAAGAAGGAGCAGUGCUUAUGGAUCUAUGUACUUUGCGCCAUUUCCGAUAUUCUUUAUAAUCGCUAUGUGCUCAUACUGGUUUAAGGAUCAAAUGAGCACUCGCGUCUCGUUAUGUACCGCAGGAUUGUCGUCAACUUUGCUACAGUGGAUUGCUAUAUACUCGAGACUGCCUCCUGUCUGGUACUUCACAUUUUUGGAUGGAUGGAUUUUAUUUCAUAUUUCAAUGAUUGGGGCGAUUUUUAUUUUUCAAGGGAUAUGGUAUAAAUACGUACAUGAGGCAGCAUUGAAAAAUGAAGUUGAAAGAAUUGGUUAUGUCAUGUUUCUAUCAAGCUAUGCUAUAGUGUGCAUAACUCUUCUGGUGGAAUGGUCAGGCUCAAACAAAACGUGGAUUUGGUUUGAUCUGAUUCCUGGGAUAAUAUUACUCCGUAUUAUCGUUGGCAGUAUUUGUUUCGUAAUAACAAUGAUAAGUGGGAUUGGGACUGGCGAGAUGAUCAAUUGUUUUAAGAGUCACUUGUACGAAUUCUUACACUGGCUCAUUUUCUACAAAUAUUGUAGAGGGGAAGAUACGACAAAUGAAACACGUGGUGAGCCAGAAGAAGUCGAAUCUUCCCAACAGCUAUCUGCUGCAGACAGUGAAGAAAAUGCGAUUAAUUCUUAAUUAGUUUAUUUCUUUAUUCCAGUCUCAUCUUUACAUGUAUACAUAAAAUUAUAUAUGAAACAUAAAACACAAACAUAAAAUACAUGGAAAGCCAUUCAGCCAACAGAAUUACAAGAAA